UUAGAAAGCCGGGAAACACACCGUUAAGGACUCCAACCAUUGCAUUUUACAGCGGAAUGUUCACUCGAAGGGGCCAUGGAGACGUCAAGAAAUCUACACAGAAAGUUCUGGACCCAAAGAAGGACGUGUUGACCCGACUGAAACACCUCCGCUCUCUGUUGGAUAUCAUUGAGAAGAGUGAGCUGAAGACGUUCUUCGAGAGCAAUUGUUCUCAGAUUUAUUUUAUCUUCUAUGAAAAUUUCAUUACACUGGAAAGUAACUUAAAGCAAAAAGGGAACAAAUCUCAAAGGGAGGAGCUGGACUCUAUCCUCUUUAUUUUUGAAAAAAUUCUACAACUUCUACCAGAGAAAAUCUACAGUCGAUGGCAGUUCCACAGUAUAGGCUCUAUUCUGAAAAAGCUUUUGCACACUGGAAAUUCAUUCAAGAUCCGCUGUGAGGGGAUCCGUCUUUUUCUGCUGUGGCUGCAGGCCCUGAGGGACAACUGUGCUGAGGAACAGUUCCUCAUAUUUGCCUGCCUGGUGCCGGGCUUCCCCGCAGUACCCUCCUCCAGAGGCCCCUGCACUCUGGACACCAUAAUCUACAACCCCUUCUCCAACCCUCCUGAUGCUAAGGUGAUACCUGAGGAGAUCACCCCAUUGGUGCCGGCUGUAGGUGGCGAGAAGGUGACAGAUGAUCAGACUUGCUACAUCCUGCAAACCCUGCUCAAGUUUAUGGUCAUUCAGGCGUCCAGUUUAGAAUGGAAGAACAAAGAGAAUCAGGACACAGGCUUCAGGUUUCUCUUCAGCCUGUUUAAGAAGUACUACCUUCCACAUCUAUUUCCUUCUUUCACCAAGCUCACAAAUCUCUACAAGCCUUUACUAGACCUCCCCCACCACAGACCAAAGCCCUUGUAUGUGCCGGUGACACGGAACAACGAGAGCACCUUCUGCACCAGGGACCAGUACCUGGCGCCGCGUGUGGCCUUCAUUACCUGGCUGGUCACCUUCUUCCUGGAGAAGAAGUACGUCAGCACUGCUGCCACUGCGCCAAGCACCAAGAAUGGCACCGAGGUCAUUCCCAAACUCAUCCAGACUGUCACUGCGGGCAGUAGCAGCCAGGAGAAGGAAAAGGUGACCGAGGGGGAACCCAGUGGGCCGGUAGUGGAGCCUGAGAAGAACCACUCCAACAGUAGCACGCUGUCAGACCGGCGGCCCAGUGAUUCCAGCCUGUGUAGCAUUGAAGAGGAAUAUCGUUGUGUCUACGACAUGGUGCAUGCCAUCCUACUGUCCACCAGAGACAACGUCAACUUUGUCAAUGAGGUCUUCCAUCAGGCCUUCCUGCUGCCAUCCUGUGAGGCGUCAGCAACCCGAAAGGUGAUCAAAGUGUACAGGAAGUGGAUCCUGCAGGAGAAGCCCACCUUUAUGACAGAGCCUGACAAGAGCAGUCAGGAAGAUGACGUAGAUGACCGUUCAGAACAGCUGAUCAGCACGGAGAGUGAUGGCACACAUGCACAGACAAUGGAGAUUCAUGGCCACAGGCGUACAUCCAGUUGGGGGAGAACAUACUCGUUUAGCAGCGCCAUCAGCCGAGGCUGUCUCACCGAGGUGCAGAACAGGGACAUCAAGGCUGGCAUCCAGCCCUCACUACAGGUGUUUCUGACCAACUCCUCCAAUGUGUUCUUACUGGAGCCAUGCCAGGAUGUGCCCAAACUUCUUGAUAACCAGGUGGAAGUCUGCAAGGGUGUGCUCAGUAUCUACCGGCACAUGAUCAUGGAACUCAGCAUGAACACACAGACAUGGGAGCAAAUGUUGCAGGUGCUGUUAAGGAUCACAGAGGCGGUGAUGAAGAGACCACAGGAGAACCAAAGAAAAGACGCUUUUGCCGAAAGUUUAGCAGCUAUACUCUUUAGGACCAUCAUUGUGGCAUGGGUGCGUGCCAACUUGUGUGUAUUCAUCUCCCGGGAACUAUGGGAUGAGCUGCUAGCGGUGCUGUCCUCUCUGACCUGCUGGGAGGAGCUGGUGACAGAGUGGGCCAGCAUCAUGGACUCCCUGACAGCUGUGCUGGCACGCUCCGUCUACGGCCUGGACAUGGCAAGCCUACCCCUAGACAAGCUCAGUGAACAGAAGGAGAAGAAGCAGAGAGGACGAGGAGUGAUCCAGGACCCCCAGAAGGCAGUAGCUGUGGCUCGCUCCUUCUCACUGAGUUGGAGGAACCAAGGGGAGCAAGGCCCCCCAGGGGUCCAGGAACCCAUGAGGAUUCGCUCUGCCACCACAUCAGGAGCUCCUGGUGUGGAGAAGGCCCGCAACAAUGUCCGGCAGAAAGCUUCUGCUAAACGAAGCCAGUCCAUCAGCAACUGUGUGCAUCUUUACGAGGCUUUACCCACUACUAAAAGUGUUCCUAUGCUGCUCCACACUGUGAGCUCUUUCUUGCCUGGUAUCUCUUCUGGUAACUCUGCUUGCUCUCACAGACUUUCAGACGUGGAGGAGUGCCAGCUGUCAGAGUGCGGGGCAGAGGAGGAGCUAGGAGGUGGGGACAGCCCCCUUCCACGUAGCAGCAGCACCUCCGACAUCACCCAACAACUGGUCGAAACUUUCCCAGGUCAGAAGAGGGAGUAUUCUCCCACCUCCUGUGGCUCUGACAGCAGGAUGUCAGAGGGUAGGACAGAGAGCAAUGAGCCACCAGUGAUCCUGAUCCGGCGGAGUAGCAGUCCAGCUGAGCUAGAUUGCAAUGCUGAGGGACACACCAACAAUACAAGGCCCAAGCUCUGUGAGAAAAGUGAAAGUGUAAGCAGUGAAACGUCCAAUGGCUACCUCAACGAUGCUGAGGCUGCCUGGCAGGUCUGGCAAGCCUUUGAGGAGGAGGCCGAUACUCAGUCCACCCAGUCAGCCCACAUGGAUGUGACCACCGAUCCUCAGAAUCAGAGGAGUCUGCUGCUCAGCCACAAUGAGGCUCUGGCAGGUUCCGAGCGUGCUGUCCUUUCUCCCCACUCUACAUCCCUGUCCCAACCCCACCACCACUUCCACUACCCCCAGAAUCCCCCCGCCUCACCAACCCUGCUGGUGCACACAGAGUGCCCGCGGGACUGCCCUCUGGAUGACACCAUGCAUCAGUCUGUCAUACAUAUGCCACACCACCUGGACAGUAGUGAGUGCCUCGCUGAUGAUGUCAGCAUCAUUGCUGGUGGGAGCCUGACUGGUUGGCACGCGGACUCAGCCUUCGUCCUGUGGAGGAGGAUCCUCGGUAUCCUGGGAGACGUCAAUAGCAUCUGCUGCCCCAAGAUCCAUGCCAAGGUCUUCUCUUACCUCUAUGAGCUCUGGCACAAGCUAGCAAAGAUCCGGGACAACCUUGGGAUCAGUGUGGACAACCAGUCCUCUCCCCCUCUUCCUGCCUUCAUCCCUCCGCUGCGAAUGCUGGCCUCCUGGCUCUUCAGGGCCACCAUGCUUCCAGCGGAGUACAAUGCAGGCAAGCUUCAGGCGUACAAGCUCAUUUGUGAGAUGAUGACCAAGCACCAGGAUGUGCUGCCCAACAGCGACUUCCUAGUGCACCUCUACCAUGUCAUGCACAAGGGCUUCACCAGUGAUGAGCAGGAUGUUCUCAACACCAUGAUACGGUCAUGCUCUCCACGUUUCUUCUUCCUGGGCCUGCCAGGCUUUACCAUGCUUGUGGGAGACUUCAUCACUGCUGCUGCCCGAGUCCUCAACUCUGACUCAUCUGAGGCUCCCAGAAUGGAGGCUCAGACAGUCCUCGGCUCCCUCUUGUGUUUCCCAAACCUCUACCUCCAGAUUCCACUACUGCAGACUGUGCCUGGCUCCAGUGACAUCAUUGUGAGCAACGAGGACAUCAAGGACUAUCUAGUCAACAUCCUACUGAAGACAGCGAGGAAUGAACACUGUGAAGGAGCCAGGUGCAUAGCAGUGUGCAGCCUGGGUGUGUGGGUGUGUGAAGAGCUGAUGCAGAAGAACAUCCAUCACCAAGUGAAGGAUGCUAUCAACGUCCUGGGAGUAACACUAAAGUUUGGGAACAAGGCUGUGGCCCAAGUAGCCUGCGAUGUGUUCCAGCUGCUAAUAUCUCACUGGGAGCACCUCCGGAGGCUGGAACAAACUCUACCGAAGAAGAUCAUUGAGAUCUUUGUGGCCACAAUAGCCUUUCUGUUGCCAAGCGCGGAGCACUCGACAGUGGAGGCGGACAAAAAGCUGAUGGUGUCCUUACUGCUGUGCCUGUUGGACUGGUGCAUGUCCGUGCCCUUGAGUCUCUUAUUGGAGCCCAUCACUAUGCCUGUGCUCGAGGACCCUGCGUCCCACAAGGCCCCGCUAUUGGACUACAUAUACAGGGUGCUGCACUGCUGCGUGUCAGGCUCCAAUCUGCACACCCAGCAAAGCCACUACCUGCUCAGCCUGUCAGACCUGUCCACAGACUAUGACCCCUUCCUCAUGCUGGGUCAAGUCAGGAGCUCGGACCCCCCACCCUGCCAGGUCACCACCACCGAAUUUGGCAACCUGCUAACAGUAGCUGAGGAAAAGAAACGUCGUAAUAUGGAGCUGAUUCCACUGACGGCACGGAUGGUCAUGACACACCUGGUCAACCACCUGGGCCACCAUCCACUGAGUGGCGGCCCCGCCCUUCUCCACAGCUUGGUGAGCGAGAACCACGACAACCUGUACGUGGAGUCAUCGGAGCUAUCGUCUGAGGUCUUCAGAAGCCCCAACCUACAGCUUUUUGUCUUCAAUGACAGCACGCUGGUGUCCUACCUCCAGAUUCCGGCUGAGACCCCCACUAUUGGACAGCCCCCACACCCUUCCUCCCAAGUGCGCGUCAUUAUCCGUGACAUCUCAGGCAAGUACUCAUGGGAUGGCGCAGUCUUGUACCGCACCACCCAGGAAGACUACAGUGGUAUGGGCAUUUUUGAUGGCAUGGACCCUCCAAUCAGCUCCACUACUACUGGUCACAGUAGAAAGCAGCCUUCCUCCCCAACAAAGGGCCCCUCCAACCAGCACUGCCCAGUCUCAGAUGCUGGCCUUGACCUCUGUGAUCAGGAGGAAGUGGAUAUUCUGGAUCAGCUCCUGGAGAAUCUGGGCCGCAGCAGCCCAGAGUGCCUGCCACAGCCCCAGCUGAGGCUCAACCAACCGGCCCCCUCGCCUUGUGGCAUGAACCUGGAGCAGGAGGGGGCCAUCCUGGAGGCCAUUCUGCGUCAGACACAACAGGAGGAGGAGCAGGUGAGGAGGUGGGAUGCUGAUGUUGGUGUUCGAGCCGCCUGCCAAAUGGAGCCCACCCACCAAGAGCCCAAAGCCCCAUUCCACUUCUGCAGGCUGCUCCUCAAUGACCUUGGCAUGAACUCCUGGGACCGCAGGAAAAGUUUUCAUCUACUGAAGAAAAACUCCAAGCUCUUGAGGGAACUGAAGAACUUGGAUUCGAGACAGUGUCGAGAGACACACAAGAUUGCUGUGUUCUACAUUGGAGAGGGCCAAGAGGAUAAGUGUUCCAUCCUGUCCAACUCUGCAGGCAGCCAGGCUUAUGAGGACUUUGUAUCUGGACUAGGAUGGGAGGUGGACCUGGCAACACACUGUGGCUUCAUGGGUGGUCUCCAGCGGAAUGGCAGCACAGGCGUGACUGCUCCUUACUUUGCUACCUCCAAUGUGGAAGUCAUCUUCCAUGUCUCCACACGUAUGCCAUCUAACUCUGCUGACUGCCUCACCAAGAAGCUGCGUCACCUGGGAAAUGAUGAGGUACACAUUGUGUGGUCAGAGCACACCAGGGACUACCGGCGUGGCAUCAUCCCCACUGACUUUGGCGAUGCACUGAUUGUCAUCUACCCCAUGAAGAACCACAUGUACUUCAUCCAGAUCAUGAAGAAACCGCAGGUUCCCUUCUUUGGGCCUCUGUUUGACGGCGCCAUCGUCUCGGGAACACUACUGCCAAGCUUGGUGCGGGCCACCUGUAUCAAUGCCAGCAGAGCUGUCAAGUCCCGACUGACUCUCUACCAAAGCUUCUACGAGGAGCGGGCGCUCUACCUGGAAGCCAUUAUUCAGAACCACAGAGAGGUCAUGACCUUCGAGGACUUUGCCUCGCAGGUCUUCUCCCCUUCUCCCAGCUACUACACAAUGAGCGGGACAGGCUCCCUCACUGGCAGCAUGAGCACCGAGCUCAGCACAGCCACAGGAGUGGUGGACUCUGCCGAGCAGGCCUCCCCCACCAUGCCCCGUGCCACAAAGAACCGGGUCUCCGGAAAACUCCGCCGAUCAGCCAGCGCUAUAAGCAAAUCCUCCAACUGAGCUCUUUG